AUGGAGGACAUAAAGACAUCUGACACUGCUGCAACCCACAUUGACCUGGAGUCUUUCGGGGUAUCAAAGGAGCUGGGCUUUGUCCUGGAAAAUCCACUGACAGAUCUCCCAGAAUACUACAGGCCAUGGAUGGCUUUGGCUGCAGAAGUCACCCAUCUGAUUGAAGCACACCAGCUCCGAGACAGAGUGAAAGAGAUGCCCCUGCUGAGCACACAGUACCUGAGGAGCCACCGUGAGCAGAGGUUGGCACACUUAGCACUGGGUUUUAUCACCAUGGGCUACGUGUGGCAGGAGGGACAGGACCAGCCAGCCAAGGUGCUUCCAAAGCAGCUGGCUGUACCCUACUGCACUGUGUCGGAUCUACUAGGCCUGCCACCCAUCCUGGUUUAUGCUGACUGUGUGCUAGCCAACUGGAAGCUGAAGGACCCCAGCAAACCCAUGGAAAUAGGGAACUUGGACACGGUGUUUACGUUUCCUGGGGGAGAGAGCUGCAAAGGUUUUCUUCUGGUCUCUCUUUUGGUGGAAAAGGCAGCCAGCACAGGACUGAAGGGUGUCGCGAUGGCAUUGAAUUCCAUGCGGACCCAUGACACUGACCGUUUGCAUGAAGCACUUGUGAUGGUGACUCAGUCGCUGAGGAGGAUGAAGGAAUGCUUUCAGCUCAUGCAUGGACAUGUGGAUCCCACUUCCUUCCAUGGAAUAUUGCGCAUCUUUUUCUCGGGGUGGAAGAACAACCCCAUGCUGCCUGACGGUCUGAGGUAUGAAGGGGUUUUCCAGGAGCCUCUCCAGCUCUCAGGGGGCAGCGCGGCCCAGAGUUCGGCCAUCCAGUGUUUUGACGCGCUGCUCGGAGUUAUGCAAACUGAUGCUUCUGCUGGUGCUUUCCUGAAGCACAUGCACGACUACAUGCCACCGGCCCACCGAGCACUGAUCCAGACCAUCUCAUCCCGCCCAACAAUGCGCUCCUAUGUGCUCUCGGCAUCAGACAGCCAUCUCUUCCAGACCUACAACACCUGUGUGUCCCACAUGGUGGACCUGCGUGACUACCACCUCAACACCGUGGCCCGCUACAUCAUUGUGCCUGGGAAUCGGGCUCGAGCCACAGCUGCUGGAUGCCCCUUACGGGGGGCUUGCCCUGCCCUGGACGAGAGGGGUACAGGGGGGUCGAAUCCCCUGGUCUUUCUGAAGGCUGUCAGAGACUCCACACGCAGCGCCCUCAUCAAUAAAGCCUGA